AUGAUGAAUCUGGCUCUCAUGAGGACCGCCACAGGAAAGGAAGCCCCAGAGUUACCUCUGCUGCAGAGCCCCAGACCCCAGUGUGCUCCUGUUAAGCCCCAGUGUGCUCCUGUUAAGCCCCAGUGUGGUCCUGUUAAGCCCCAGUGUGCUCCUGUUAAGCCUCAGUGUGCUCCUGUUAAGCCCCAGUGUGCUCCUGUUAAGCCCCAGUGUGGUCCUGUUAAGCCCCAGUGUGCUCCUGUUAAGCCCCAGUGUGCUCCUGUUAAGCCCCAGUGUGCUCCUGUUAAGCCCCAGUGUGGUCCUGUUAAGCCCCAGUGUGCUCCUGUUAAGCCCCAGUGUGGUCCUGUUAAGCCCCAGUGUGGUCCUGUUAAGCCCCAGUGUGCUCCUGUUAAGCCCCAGUGUGCUCCUGUUAAGCCCCAGUGUGGUCCUGUUAAGCCCCAGUGUGCUCCUGUUAAGCCCCAGUGUGGUCCUGUUAAGCCCCAGUGUGGUCCUGUUAAGCCCCGGUGUGGUCCUGUUAAGCCCCAGUGUGGUCCUGUUAAGCCCCAGUGUGGUCCUGUUAAGCCCCAGUGUGGUCAUGUUAAGCCCCAGUGUGCUCCUGUUAAGCCCCAGUGUGGUCCUGUUAAGCCCCAGUGUGGUCCUGUUAAGCCCCAGUGUGCUCCUGUUAAGCCCCAGUGUGCUCCUGUUAAGCCCCAGUGUGCUCCUGUUAAGCCCCAGUGUGGUCCUGUUAAGCCCCAGUGUGCUCCUGUUAAGCCCCAGUGUGGUCCUGUUAAGCCCCAGUGUGGUCCUGUUAAGCCCCAGUGUGCUCCUGUUAAGCCCCAGUGUGGUCCUGUUAAGCCCCAGUGUGGUCCUGUUAAGCCCCAGUGUGGUCCUGUUAACCUCAUAGUCCGCCCAAACCCGUAUGCGCCCCAGUGUGGUCCUGUUAAGCCCCAGUGUGCUCCUGUUAAGCCCCAGUGUGCUCCUGUUAAGCCCCAGUGUGGUCCUGUUAAGCCCCAGUGUGCUCCUGUUAAGCCCCAGUGUGGUCCUGUUAAGCCCCAGUGUGGUCCUGUUAAGCCCCAGUGUGCUCCUGUUAAGCCCCAGUGUGGUCCUGUUAAGCCCCAGUGUGGUCCUGUUAAGCCCCAGUGUGGUCCUGUUAAGCCCCAGUGUGCUCCUGUUAAGCCCCAGUGUGCUUCUGUUAAGCCCCAGUGUGGUCCUGUUAAGCCCCAGUGUGCUCCUGUUAAGCCCCAGUGUGGUCCUGUUAAGCCCCAGUGUGCUCCUGUUAAGCCCCAGUGUGGUCCUGUUAAGCCCCAGUGUGCUCCUGUUAAGCCCCAGUGUGGUUCUGUUAAGCCCCGGUGUGGUCCUGUUAAGCCCCAGUGUGCUCCUGUUAAGCCCCGGUAUCUUUGUAAUACGACAGUAGAGAGGGAGAGUUGA